GUAACCUGCAAGAUUCAAUCUCGAAAUUUGCCUCAAAAUAGGUUACAAUGUUACGAAUUUAUACAAUAUUUUAUUUAUUUUCCCUAAUAAUUGCUCAAUCCAUAAACGAAUUUUGCUACAAAAAUGUAACAAAAGAGUUAGACGAGCUUUUGAGGCAGUAUAAAGAUAUACCCAAUUUUACUCUGCCUAAAGAGUUCUCGGAAAUUAGGAAGCUUUUAAAUAAAAGUGAACUUAUUAACUCGAAAAUUAAACGACAUAACGAGGAUCUUAUAACAAAACUAAACAAUACUGAUGCAAGAUUGAAUUCAACAAGAAAUAAGCUAGAGUUAAUUAGAGAAGGUGAAAAUGUUAUUAAAGAUAUAAUAGACAAUGCAGAAAAAUUAAAAAAUGUGGCAGAUGCUACUGAUGCUGAAUGUUCGAAAGCCGAAGAAAAUUUCAAGAAAUUCAAAAAAGAUUUCGAUAAAGAUCAAAAACGACUCAAAAGUUUUAAUGAAACGUUUGGAAAAUUAGAAUUAAACAUUAGCAAUACAAAUAAGGAAAGCAAUGAAUUGAAGCGAUUAGUUGGAAAAAUUGAAAUACCUUCAAAUUUAGGAGAUCAGUACAUGUGCGAUACGAAUAUUUUCAAUACUUUUAAUAGUAUCGUUGACACAGGGAGGAAAAUCAAAAAUUUGCUGGAAAAAUUAAGAGAUAACAUUCUCUCGGAUAUAAAAGAUUUAAAGAGAAUUUUGGAAGCCUAUGAUUAUGAUCAAUUGAACAAACCUCCUGUAACCCUUAAGAAACUGAAUAAACAUAUUAAAUAUUUUCAACAGAAAUACGAAGAGAUUUUUAAGCUGAAAGAAGUUAUUGAAAAGAAAAACGAGGCUAAAAGAAACUUAGAUGAUAUUAAAAGAUUAGCUUUUUAUUUAUGCAAACAAGGAGUGUGUAAUUUGUUUAGUGGAACUAAAGUUGAAACUUAAUUAU